AUGCGCAAACAACAUCAUCUCAGCAUCGUCAUCCCAGUGCCGGGCAACCUCCCUCCCGGUGCCGUGAUAGCAACCAUUCAAACAUAUACCCCCCUCAUCAGGCAUCACACCACUCUGAUCAGCUUCGACGAGGUCUCAACGGGCCCGGACGCCAUCGCUGAUGACCCUUUCUUCGGCCCUUGGGACGAAUCCGUCCGCGCCUUCCGCCUCCGUGAGCUCAUCACCCUCGCGCCGGGCCUCAACAGGGAGAUCACCUACCAAACCAUCUUCCAGGAUGUGCCGGAGGGUGUCCGGUCUCGGGCCACUGCCCCGGCCGGCAUCGUCGUCCGAGCCGAGUUUGCGGUCCGACAGCGCCGUGCGGCGACGAUGCCGAUAUCUCCAGCCGGGUCCGAUAGCACCGCCUCGGGCAGCACGGCCACGGUUGAAGGGGACGAGUAUGAGCUACGCGAGGACAUUGUCGUCGAGGCCAACUCGCUCUUGAUGCCUUUCAUCACCGAGGCGCUCGCAACGGUGCACCGCGAGAUAUGUGAGAAAGUCAUGGCCGAGAUUGUCAAGAACUACUUCGGCACUGGAGAUGCAAUGGUCAUCUAA